CGGCGUGUUCUCGUACAGGAACGGUCUCGAGCCUCAGGCGAAACUCUGAGUUACGUCUGUUGCAGCAGGAGUUUGCGUUUGGGUAUAUCCCAACAGCAGGUGAGUGCAAAAACUCUGAGGAGGCAGUAGAAGGUUUUCAGGUGAGUGAAGUGCUCUGAAGCGCUCUGAGCUGUCAACCAGCGCUCACUUCAAACACAGGGAUCACCUGCAUGUUUGGAAUUUGAACAAUAAGGAAGAGGACAGGAAGUAAGCUGAAGCUCGCCCACCCGCUCGCUCACUGUAGCAUGACGGCUUCGUUCAGGUGAUACCCAGGUCGACUCAUGGAAAGACGUGACCAGCAGGAGGAUUUAAACCUGAUGUUUGAGGAUCUGACUUCAGCUUGGAAAAGCAGGCAUGUUCAAUACCCUUUUAUUUAAGAGCUGUUUCCCUUAAACUUUGGUCAGCUGGACUUUCUUCUCGGGACUACACCCAAAUCCUGACGGAGCGGUGUGGUUUGGCUGUGUUGGGAUCCUUUUUUCUGCUCUGAGUAGAGUAAAGAGAUCAGUGUCAGUGGGGAAGACCUUCCUACGAUUCCACUGUUUCCAUCCUGGUGCUUCGGUUAAUUACACCACCUGGGAUUUUCCCUUUGUGCCGGGAUUUCCGAGAUGCAUCCGAGGAUAAAGGUAAUGGAAUCAAAGGCAUCAGGGUCUCAGAAAGGUAUCUGUGCUUUACCUGUAACUGAACCAAAAUGGAAAAGAGAAGUGUGUUGGAUUAUUGUGCAGCUCUUCAGGAUCUGAAGAUCUGAGAACAUCUCGGGUCAGGACCCCGGUGUGUUUUUACACCCGACCCCAGAUCUAAACGCCUGAAAGUGUGUUCCUUUUCAAGACUGACCAUGCAGCUGUGAGGUCAGGUGGCCCUGUCUAUUUCGGGUCUUGACCCACCCUGCCUAACGCUACCUCCAUCGUUUUUUUUUUUUUUCCUUUCUCUGUGGAGCAUGAGGAAGGAGAAGCACUCGGGCUCUGUGAGCAAGCAGAGGGACAAGAAGGAAAAGGCCACCUCAGUCACUCGCGCCCUCAGCUGGCUCAGCGGAUCCUCCCUCUCGCGCCGGACCCGCAAACUGUUCCGCAGCCACAGCGACCUGAACUCAAUCUCGCACCGAGACCAGGAGAAGGGUGGUGAUGACGAUGAUGAUUGGGUGUACGAGCCCCAACACUACAUAGCUGUGUCUAAUCUGGACGAGGAGAGUAAGUGGACGGUUCAUUACACAGCACCGUGGCACCAGCAGGACAAUGUGUUCCUGCCUACAACCAGACCGGCCUGUGUGGAAGAGCUGCACCGUCAAGCUAAAGUCAACCUCAAAACAGCGCUCCGAGAUUGUGAUAAGCUGAGGAAGGAUGGCUUCCGUAGUUCCCAGUACUACUCCCAGGGCCCCACCUUCUCAGGCUCGGCUCACUCCCGCAGCAGCCAACUGGAGGAUGAGGAUGAGGUUGAUGAUAAGUCGACUGGCUCCUCUGCAGACGAGGACAAGAGCUCCAGUGCAAUGAGGGCACACGCCGCACUAAAGGCCGAGGGGGCUGAGGUGGACGGGCAUGGGUCACGCUUCACACCCUUACCCACUCCUGAGGAAAAGAUGAGGCAACAAGCUCAGGCCGUUCUGACCGACAUUGUCCCCAUCAAUGUCACAGGGGAGACGUUUGACCGUCAGGCCAGCGUCCGUCGCUCCCUAAUAAACACAGAGACACUGGCCCGUCGGCCCACGAAGGUCAAACGGAGAAAGACUAUAUCAGGUUUGCCUGACAACGUUCAGCAGCAACUAGCUAAAGGACGAGGAGGGGAGCUCCGACCACAGUCCAUGUUUAUUCCUGGACAGUUUUCAACACUGGAACGUUCUAGUAGUAUGAGUUCUACGCUGAGGUGUUCCGAAACAAGGGAUUCUGGCUGCCAGACCGAGGAGGUAAAAAUUGUUCCACCAUCUGUGAGGAGGAUCCGAGCUCAGAGAGGCCAAGGAAUUGCUGCUCAGAUGGCUGGCAUGUCAACAUCGGCCACCAAUAUAUCCACAGUUCCGAACAACCAUUCCCCUGGAUCUCCUGUGCAUGUCAUGGCUCCUCAGUUUAACGGUGAUCCCCAGCGCUUCCACAGCUUGCCAAGACGGGGUGCACGGGUUUCUUUGAACGCAGAGCUCCUGAACAGCAGUACUCCAUGUAGGCCGGAGGAGAGUGGUGUACCAGCACCUCGGCAGAUUGGAAAGCUCCAAGUUGAUGAGACUGCAAUUCACAUGAGGAAUGCCCCUAGGAUUAGCGCUUCAGCCCGCCCAAAAUCCCAGGAGGUGAGGGGAUCAUAUGCGGACUGGGGAACUGCUUGUAUGGUUUCUCCUCAUGCAGCAUACUCAACAUCACUCAUUCCCAAAGCAACACUGUCAUGUUCAUCUGAGGUGAUUGCCCUUCACUCUACAGCUAGCUCAGGGCAACAAGUGCAUGCAAGACCUCUCAGGAUAUCAAGUGUCAACGGAGAAAGCACCACCAGUGUGGCCACCAGUGCUGAGACAGACAUGCAGGAAGGUGGUCAGUCAGAUGGCAGCAUAAACAGCCACAGUACAAUCGCUGCAGGAAUAGCAUCGUCAGAUGAGCAGUGGAUUUACGACACUGCUGAGAAUGUGUUGCCCAGAAGACCACUCACCUCCAGCUGCUCCACUCCUAUCAAUCAUCUCUACAACAGCUUGGAACGCUCCUCUAAAGGUACAGACUCCAGUUCGCUCUACUCCAUGGACAACGAUGGUUACUACACCUCCAUGCAUUUGGACUCGGGUCUGCGGCCAAAAGGACACAGCAUUGCAGGCAGGGCAACACGGCAUAGUAUGUAUGAGUGCAUAGGCCAGCCAGGUGACCGUAGCAGCAUUUACAGUGAUCAGUCAUUAUCCCGAUCUAUUUCCCUUCGCAAGUCUAAGAAACCGCCCCUCCCUCCAGCACGUACAGACUCGCUGCGGCGUAAGCCUAAGAAUAACAGUGGUGUUAAUGCCAGCAAUGGGUCGGUUCUUAACGAGUCACUGAUUGCUACACUUCAGCAGUCACUGCAGAAUGGGUUGAAAGGGAAAGGAUCUUUGACCUCACCAUCUCAAAGCCCUUGCAGUGACUACGAAGACCCUUGGAUGCGGCCUCGGAGCCAGAGUAGCUUAAGUGCAGGCAGUAGCAGUGUGUCAGCUGCAGGGGUGGUGAAUGUUUAUUCCAUCUGCCAUGUCACACCAUCACACAGUGACACCAGCAGCCUGCGUUCUGACUACGGAGAGUCUUGGGGCUAUUACAUGGAUUACCCUCGUCUGCAUACUGACCAGGCACGGUCACCAGCACAUACUAACUCUGUGUGUAAUGGAGGACAGCCAGGUAGCAUGACAAACGGGCAACAUAUCCACAAUGAUAUUCAGACAACCCUUCCCUCUGCUCAGGGUAAUACAUCAGCAAAGCCUCAGAUAAACACAUCCUCACCAGAUAGGGUGCAUCGGUUAACCUCCCCUUCAAGUGGUUACUCAAGUCAGUCCAACACCCCAACAGCUGGUACACCAGUUCCCUCUUUCAUGAGGUCCAUGUCACCUUCUGGCUGUAAGCCCAAGCCACGUGUGCCUGAAAGGAAGUCAUCCUUGCUCUCCUCUGUGUCUAUCUCCUCUUCUUCAACAUCUUUAUCCUCCAACACUUCAGAUUCUGUUAGGAACAACAUGCCUCCUCUACCGCCACCACUGCCUCAUUCAUCAGCGUCCCUUUCACCACUUACCCCUGAAACUUUCCCUCCACCUCUUCCUCCAUGCAGUCCUAUGUGCACCCAAAGCCAAAGCUUUCCACCUCCUCCUCCUCCUCCUUUACCCAGUACCCCACACCAUGAAGUAUCCUUGAGGGCCCUCUCCAUAAAUUCCUCUCCAGAGUUUCCCCCUCCUCCUCCAGAAGUGUUGAAUGAGCACACCAUGCUACAUAAUGGAUCCGUUAGCACCACUCAUCAUCCACCCCUGCCUCCACCACCUCCCCUGUUUCCUCCAACUGUAAAUGCUCAUAUUCCCCCCCAACCCCCAUCCCUGCCCGCCUUGGUUCCAGUUAUACCUUCUUCUGCAAGCCUAAAGGGAAUUAAAGAUAGACUCAAACCAGUGAACCCGGAGAGGAGGCCAGUUUCCAUUCGCUCUGAAGAGUUUGCCAAGUCUGCCAUGCCACUAAUAACCCAGUUUGCCCUCCAAAGCGUGCAGCUUCGGUCAGUCAAACCAGAGAAUAGCGAGGACAGCAGUAAAUCUCAAGAGGUGGAAACUGAACAGAUUUCUACUAAGCCUGGCACACCAGAGAAAGUUAAACAGUUAGAGCACCUGAGUGUUUUGCCCCUGGCGUCUUGUUUUACUUCUGAAAUAAACAGAACAUUAAAAUCUCCAUCAACAGAGAAUGUAAUCACCAAAGACCAAAACCCAGCAGCAGAGAGAGCACUUGAGACAAAAUCAGGAGAAGAAAUGCCCUCUGAAGUGACUGACUACCCUUCAAGUGACUUAAACCAUACCCAAGCUAAAGUGGAGGUGGAUAGUAUGGAGAAGGAGGCGACAACACCACAAAACACACCCAAGAAAAAACCUCCUGUGGUCUCCAAGAAGCCCAAAUUUCCCCUCGUCUUUGCAGUCGAACCUGAGCUUACUGUAGAGGACGAGCAGACACUAGCCAAUGAGGAGGAUUCUUCUUCUCAAGGGUUUUCAAAUGUUCAGAAAGAGGUGAUCAUUAGUGUGCCUAACCCAGAUGUUCGGGAAUCUGUGGAGGAGGUAGAGAAAGAAGAUGAGGACAGUUCCACUGAGAGUUCCACAUGUGAAAGUAGCACAUGUCCAACUGAUAGUCAGGUUGAGGAACCCUCCCAGACUCCCAUCAUUAAGGAAGCAUCUGUGUCUGUUAAUGAUGCAAUGGGCACUUCAGAAGGAGAAGAGGAAGAAAAUGGAGAUGAUGAUGAAGAUGCAUUAAGUAGCACUGCAGGAUCCGUCUGCUCCAAAGAUGAUGGUGAAGUGUUCGAGUCCAACGCAUCAAACUCCCCGCAGACUCCCAGCUUGAACGGCGACAUCGUUGAAGGCAUGGUGACUCCCACGCGGCCCCGCACCACAGAGGACCUCUUUGCAGCAAUUCACAGGUCCAAGCGUAAGGUCCUGGGUCGCAGGGAAUCAGAGGACGAGCGUGCGCGAGGUCACUCAUCAUCUCCAGUCACGCCACCAGGACCGAGUCCUUCCUUCAGCUCGACGCUACCUCGCCAAACAAGUUCUAUCCAGCGCGGCCUGCGCAAAUCCACCACCAGCAGCGACACCUUUAAGGCGCUGCUGCUGAAGAAGGGCAGCCGCUCGGAAGGAAGCUUUCGCAUGUCCGCUGCCGAGAUGCUACGCACAACUGACCCACGAUUCCAAAGAACUCGAUCUCUCGACUCCUCUCCGGAUCCAACUUCACCUACAGCAGAGCUCGAUAGCCCCUGCGCUUCCCCUAGUCGCAGCAAGAGAGUGCCAGAGGACUGGCCCCGGAACGAGGCCGUACUGCCGCGCUACUCUCUGUGUUCCCCUCUGUCCCCUUCCUCAGCACUGGGGCCAAAGUACGGUCGAUCCCGCACACCGCCGUCUGCCGCCAGCAGCAAGUACAAUUCCCGGAGUCGAAUUCCGAGCAGCCCAAUGACCGUCAUCUGUGAGAGGGAGGGAGAGUUAACGGAGAGUGGAGAGGGAUUGGAUGAAGCGGGUCCUGUUAACUCCACCCCAAUCCUUCACGACUCGAAUGGCACUUUAUAUGAGCAGGAGAGUUGAGAUGAAAAUGACUCUUUUAUUCUUACACUAUGGGAACAGCUGGCCACUGGCAGUGAGACCAGCGGAAGGGCAGACUGGGAACCUGUCUGUCCCUCAGUCCAGGCCACGCUGCAUAAAUCUGGUUGCAUGACGGGAGAUAUCUCAAGCCACAAGGUGCCUCCUUCAGACUGAUGUUUGUCUGAAGUAGAUCCCAUUUCUCUCACAGCGUCACAUCUGGACUAUUUUUCAUAAAAGAGUGCGCUUUCACAUACACUAACUUCCACAAAACCCGUUCUGUUUGGUUUGCUCGUCAGUGCCACUGUUCACCUCACAGACUGCGGGAUACAAGAUGAAGGAUUUGCAAGGCAAGUCAGUCGUCCCUUUGACCAGUGGAUGGAUUGGGUUGGAUUGGAUUGGUGGAACGCUCAGUGUUCUCGAAGGGUGUAGUCCAGUCCAUCUGCAGUAACACCUCAGUUGACUUGUUUUGAAUAUUUCUGGUGAAUUUUAAUUGAUAUUGUCAUGAACUUUAGAAGCCAAGUAAAAAAAAAAAAGUGUCUACUGUUUCUGCUCACCGGUUGUGGGAAAUAUCGAGCGGGUCCAACACGAACAGCGCAAAGGACCGUUUCUGUUGGAUUUUAGCGUGUAGGUUUGCACUGUGUUUGUUGUGAUGACUUUUUACAUACUAAGAGGAAACCUACUUGAACCGAAUAACGUGUUUUGUUUGUAUUGGUUUCGUUAACCAAAGAGUUUAAAUGUCGCCUGUUGUAGGGACUCGGGGUAGAUUAGGUGUUUACUGGAUUGGGAGCAAUAAAGAUUCUUCUGUAAAACUC